AUGAACUUUCCAAAGUUGACCUUUAACCCGCCCUCGGGCAACCUCACACCCUCCCCUACCGCGCGCUCCUCCCGCGACCGCACCGCCAGCCCUAAGAGGGCGCCGGCCGGUUUCUCGAAUCUUGAGCCCACUCAGGACCGUACCGCUAAUGUCGAUAUGGCCUUCUCUAACUUCGACUUCACCACGCCAACCAAGGGGAGCGGCGCACCCAUUUCCGCGGCCACAACACAGCCCGCAAGAUUCGCUCCGAUGUCUUUCACUUCGCCAGUCAAGAAGUUCAGCACAGCUGAGACCCCGAGACUGAAGGCCGGCGCUUCAAGACUUUCAUCGACAAUGCCGCUAGAUGCCCCGACCAAGACUCCAUCCCCGAAGAAGGUGUCAUUUGCCGACGCCAGUUUCCAAUCCUUGACUGCGUCGACUCCCAAGCUCGCUCGCAAUCUCUCUCCGAAGUCGAGUCCUUCGAAGCCUGCCGUCUCCGACUACUCAGUCAUGUCAAUUACCUCUCCGACAGCAUCCCUCGUCUCCAACGAUCGGUCCCCGCGCAGCGAUUCCGACUCGAAUCAACAGCAGGCCGAGUCCGCGGCAGAGGAGGAGGGACAUGAGGACGACGAUGAGGAGGAGUCUCAAACAAGCAGCAGGCCCGGCCAGUCGCCCCCAAGAGGUGUAGAGGAGGCUGGCGGGUUCGAGUCCCCUUCAAAGCUCGACAUCACCAUGGCCGAUAUCACCAUGGUUUCUGACUUCGCCCCUUCGCCCAAGAAGUCUCAGCAGCCGUACACGUUCGCUACCAUCGAACUUUCGGAAGCUGCAAAGGAGUUCUCUACCCCCUUCGACCCCGAGAGCUACGCCGAUUUCGAUAUCACGUCUGCGCUCACCCCAGUGCCCAGCUUCGCCCGGCAACGGGCCCGUAUUCCCCUUACAAAGCACCGGAAGCCCAGGGGCAUUGUGUUCGAGAAGGCCAUCGCAAGACAAGUUGCCGAGUCCCUCGCCAUGGAAGAGCUCGAGGCCGCCGCCAGCUUCCGGCACAUUGCCAUGAAGGGCGGUCUGGCGUAUGCCCUCUGUCCUCGAAAGAGGCAGAGGGUGGCCGAGCCCACGGCAGAGGACGACUCGGAGCCGUACUGGCUGGAGGAUGUGGACGAAAGCGGCGUGAUUAACAUGAUCGAAGCUCGCCGCGUCCUGCGCAACGACCUGAAGGCGCUUCCUGCCGGCCUUUCUGUUCACGAACAGCGCCGUCAAUACCACGAGGAGGUGGAGAAGUACGGCGAACCCAUCGUGCCGACCUGUGGGAAGAGAAACUAUGACGGUGAGAAGAAGCGAGCCUAUAACAAUGGCCUGCUGACUCACACCAUCAUGGCGCCUCUUCUUGCGUUCCCGAUGCCAGAGCUGAGCUUCGACUGGGUGCUUGAGACUGCCAUUCGCGAAUCCAAUAGGGUUCAUGGUCGCGAGCAGCCCAAGCAUCGCAACGUCAGGCAGCCCAUUGCCAUCUUUGGAGAGUCUGACUUCUCAGUCAUUGAAGAAGAGGAGGAGCCUCAAAGCCCGACUGCUAAGCUCCCUCACUUCCCGUCGACGGCAACACACCACUCGAGCUCAAGCCGAAAGACCAGGCUCGCUAGAGGCGCUGCCAAUCUGGAGGCUAAGCUCGCCACGCUCCAAUCAGUCAUGGAAGAAAGGUCGCCUUCACCUUUGUCAUCCCCCGUUCGACCCGGCUUCACCUUUGCAAUGCCCUCAUUUGUAUCGACUCUCGAGGUCACCGAGAUGAACCAUGAGGCAACUGAGGUUGAACACGAGGACGAGCCCGCUGCCGUCGAAGUCGCGAGUCCAAUGGUCUUCUUCAAGAACCGCAACGAGACUUCGCCCUUCAAGAAGCGCAAGUCAUUGCCUGCUGCACGUCGUCUUUCCUUUUCCGCCCCUCUCCGCCGAGCAUCUCUUCCUGCUGCCGGCUUCGCCCAGCUUCCUGUGGUGCAGGAUCUUCAAGAUCCAGCAUCCGGGUCGCUGGUGGGUGCUCCCGAUUCGUCGGUUGAGCUCCACGCGGUGCAGAAUCCCCUCGAGGUUGAUUCAGCAUCUGCGGCAGCUGCCCAAGCUACUCCAGAGAGAACCCCGCCACCAUCUCCUUCGCCAGUCGUUGUCGAUGCCAGAGAGAACCCGGACAUCUUUGGCUCCUUCCAGGACCACUCUGGAUCCCCGAUCCAGGCGCUUGCAUCUCUCGCUCGCGUGUUUGAGGAGGCCAAGAAGACGGAUAUGGAUGGAAAGGUUGUUGUCAGCAGAGAGGGAGGCCGUCUGAUUGUCCGAUUUAAGGUUUCGGACGAACAUGCUGCCCUCUUCGCCCAAGAGCAAGAACCCGUCGAAGAGCUUGUCGACGCUGUUGACCCUGCCACCGAGCCGGCCACUGCUACCGCGUUAUCGCCUAUUCGCCUGACCACUGAGGCAGAGGAUGAGAAGAAGACAGCAGAGGAAGCCAAGAUCGAAGCGGAGGAAGAGGAGGUGGCGCAUGUGCCUUCGCAGGCGCCCGCCCCGGUUGAGGAAGACGACGAUUCUAUGGUCUUACUUAGGGGAUUUUUGACCAGACACAACGCUAGGAAAGCUGCUAUGGCUACUCUCCCCGUGCCCGUCGAGCCCGCCGAACCCGCGGUUCUUUCUCCCACUCCAGCGGUUGAACCAGUUGCUGCACACUCUUCGCCGGACCCUCUUACAUCCGCUCCAAUCCUUCUGGCGGCCACUCCAGAGCGCAAUCAAAGCAUCUGGGCCGAUACACCGGCGUUCUCGAUCACGUCGUCGGCAGAUCGUUCUCGUCCUCCUAGAAGGGCUUCUCCAGCUGUGUCAACCGGACGCCAGCCUCUUGGAUCGCUCGACGUUAACAGCCCGAGCCCCAAGAAAGCCAAGCGCAAAGCUGAGGAAGUUGACGAACGAGAGGCAUCGCCAGAAAAGCCGCAGCCGCCGAAACGCCAGCGCAGAGCCAAGGCUGACGUUCCAGACGCGAAGAAGGCCGCAGGCAAGGCCAGCGACAAUUCCGCCGAUGAGGAUGAAGUUGCGCCUGUCACGAAUGUGCGCACCAGACGUCAGCUCGCCGUCGCGCGUGGAGAGGCUCCGGCAGUUACCAAGAUCCCGGUUAGAAACAAGGGAAUGAGUAACAUUAGAGCUGGGGAGAAGGACCUUGCGGCUUUGACUCGCCAGAAUACCCGCAACAAUAAGGGAGAUGCGAUUUCUGCUGAGGAGAUGCUCGAGGCGAUCAAGACUGCGCCGCCCAAGAUAGAGACUCGGGCGGCCGCUGCUGCUGCUAAGAAGAACAAUAAGAGUGUUCAGUGGGCAGCUCAGCUGGCUAGAAGCCAGUCUGAAGACCCGUCUACGGCUCCAAUUGAUUCUGACGAGGCAAGCUCUAGCUCUGCUGAGCUCAGCCCCGAUGAGGAGAAGCAGGUUGGAAAGGCGAGAAAGGUCAGGGCUUCUACAAGUAAGAUCGCUACGACCAAGGCUUCAACCGCCAAAGCUUCGACCUCCAAGGCUGCGACUACGAAGACUGCGACGACCAAGACCGCGCCUGCCAAAGCGACCGCAGCCAAGGCAACCAAGGCAAGCCAGUCCAAGUUGGCUACUGCCCCCAAGACGGAGGGCGCGAAGGUGUCGAAGACUGCGAAGAAGCCCACUGCCGCGGCGAAGAAGGAGCUGGGCCUGAGUGCCAACGGUACUCCUGCCAAGCGUAGUGCUCGUACCACGAAGAAGUGA